GUGAAUUUAAUAUUUAUAAGAAGAAGCAAUAAAAUAUUUUUCCAAUUUGCGUGUAUGCAAGAAAUAAUAAACAAAUUCGUGCAAAAAAUUGCAUUUUUAUAAAAUGACGCUUACAGAAAAUUCAAAGAUAAAAAAUCAAGACAAAAACCUUUGUGAAGAAGAACAGAAAGAGUCACCAGCGGAAGAAAUUAAAAAUGAAGCAACAGCAGAAACUACUGGAAAAACACCGGCCAUAGAAAAUGUCAACAACAAGUCCAAUACAGAGGUAGCCAACGUUGGUAAUCGUUCCACAACAACAACUGCAGUAACAACAAAUAUUAAUGAUAUGCAAAUAAAUACCGGCGAUAUUUAUCACAUAAAACGCGCCGAUGGAAGUGUACAUCUGGCACAAAUUAUACAAUCCCGCCUUGCUGAAGCAACUACCAGCAAUUCUGGUAGCACGCCCUCUGAAUACUAUGUGCACUACGUUGGAUUGAACCGACGACUCGAUGAGUGGGUAUCGCGUGAUCGCAUAACUGAUGCUACUGAUACAGAAACAGCAAAAAAUGAAGCUGCAACCUCCGUGGAGUCCGCUGAUGGUAAUGGCGGAAAAUCGUUGAAGCAGUUGAGUAAGGAACAAAUUGCCAAUUUAGAAAAUCCAAUACCAAUGGAAAAUAGCGAUCGUAAAUUAACACGCAACCAAAAACGACGGCAUGAUGAAAUUAAUCAUGUACAAAAAACAUAUGCAGAAAUGGAUCCGACAACAGCUGCAUUGGAGAAAGAGCAUGAAGCAAUUACAAAAGUUAAGUACAUUGAUAAACUACGUAUUGGGCGUUUUGAAAUAGAUACAUGGUACUUCAGUCCGUACCCUGAGGAGUAUGGCAAAGUGGGUACACUAUAUGUUUGUGAGUAUUGUCUGAAAUAUAUGCGUUUCCAAAAAACCUAUCGUUAUCACGCAUCCGAAUGCACACAACGGCAACCUCCAGGCAAUGAAAUCUAUCGUAAAGGAACGAUAUCGAUAUUUGAAAUUGACGGCAAAGAACACAAACUAUAUUGUCAAAUACUCUGCUUAAUGGCUAAGUUAUUUCUGGAUCAUAAAACUCUGUACUACGAUGUCGAACCAUUUUAUUUUUACGUGCUUUGCGAAAUCGAUAAGCGCGGUGCACAUAUUGUUGGAUAUUUCUCCAAAGAAAAGGAGUCGCCGGAAAAUAAUGUAGCUUGUAUAUUAAUAUUGCCUCCAUAUCAACGAAAAGGAUAUGGAAAACUAUUGAUUGCAUUCAGCUAUGAAUUGUCUCGUCGUGAAGGCGUUGUUGGGAGUCCGGAAAAACCACUUUCCGAUUUGGGUCGACUUAGCUAUCGAAGUUUCUGGGCUUACACGUUGCUAGAGUUAAUGAAGGAAUGUCGCACAACAACUCAAAGUAUCAAAGAGUUGAGCGAAUUGAGUGGCAUAACGCAAGAAGACAUCAUAUACACGUUACAAUCAAUGAAGAUGGUUAAAUAUUGGAAAGGGCAGCAUGUAAUUUGUGUGACACCCAAGACAGUAAUGGAACAUUUGCAGUUGCCACAAUUUAAGAAGCCAACAUUGACCGUGGAUCCAGCUUAUCUCCGUUGGGUGCCGCCGAAGAGAAAUCCAACUGGAAAUGCUAAGUUCAAGAAAAUUGCAUAAUUUUAAUGUAAUAUGUCAAUAAAAAGGGAUGUAACUUACAUAAA